UGCGUGAUCAAUCCGAGCGGCCCACAACCUUUGCGGAAACAAUUUAGAAAUGAAACGCGCGGUAAUUAGACAUACUUUAAAUAAAAUAUGGUCAUUAACCCAUUCAAAAACAUUUAAUGUGUUUCAUGCACCUAGUUUUGUGAAUUUGAAUGGUAAGGUUUUCCACUUACGCUUGCAUAGCACGUGGCAGUCAAAUAAUGGGAAUGGAAGUGACUCUGGUAGCUUCACCGGUAAAAAAGCCAAAAAAGUGAAAGAAAUAUUAAAGGCGUGGUUGGACAUGUUUCAUUCAUGUCAUAUUUCGGAACCAAAACAAUCGAUUGAGCAUAUAAUUGCGCAUACUCUUGGAAGUCGAAGUAUUUCAUCAGUUUACAAGUUUAAUAACAAAGUAUUAUCUUUACGAGAAAUUCAGCAAAUCAAUGAACUUUGCCAGCAAAGAUUGAAAAGAUUACCAAUACAAUACAUCAUACAAGAAUGGGAUUUUCGUGGAUUAACUUUAAAAAUGUCUCCUCCCGUAUUUAUACCUCGACCUGAAACAGAAAUGCUUGUCGAUGUCGUUCUAAACGAAGUUGAACGCAAAGCGACCGAUAGUGUUCUGGAAUUUUGCUGCGGAAGUGGUGCCAUUUCCAUAUCGCUUCUAAAAUCGCAACCUCAAUUAAAUGUUACAGCUAUAGAUAAGUCGAAGGAAGCAUGUGGACUAACUGAACUAAAUGCCAAACUACACGAUGUCUCCAGCAGGCUGAAAGUCAUUCACGAAGAAAUAACUGAAGAUCACCCGGAUGCCAUUUUGAAGAAAUAUGACGUAAUCGUUAGCAAUCCGCCAUAUCUAUUUGAAGAUGACAUGAUCAGCCUUCAGCCUGAGAUCAAACUGUAUGAAGAUCUUGAAGCUUUAGACGGUGGAAUUGAUGGAUUAAAAGUGAUAAAGAAUAUCUUAAGAGUUAGUUCGGGAUUGCUCAAUUGUGACGGGCGAGUAUUCCUGGAAGUUGAUCCAAGACAUCCAGAUCUAAUACGAUCUUGGCUACGACAAUAUCCAGCUAUGAAGUUACACUUGGAGAGGGUUUAUAAAGACUUUUGUGACAAAGAUAGGUUUGUGGAGAUUGUGAAAAAAUAAAAGAACGCUUUCGGAUAUGAUUAUUAUUGUUUGGAACGGAUU